AUGGACAUUCUGGAGACAGACGCCCGCUACCCCCAGAAGUUUGCAGCUGAUGCCAAGAGCCGCCUCCUCAAGCUGCUGCCGUUCCUGGCCUCCUGCGCCCUGUACUUCGCCCUGCGGCUGCCUGAGCCCAGCUGGGUCAGCGCCGGCGUCAAGAGCCUCCCGGUCCUGAGCCUGGUCUUCUUCCUGACGGCCCAGGCCUGGGGUGACGGCGCCUGGACCCCGGCCGCCCGCCGGGUCUGCUGGGGGCUGAUGUUCUCCAGCCUGGGAGACGUCUGCCUGGUUUGGCCGCACCUAUUCCUCCCAG